CAGGCACAAGACAGUCCCCUCCUUGUAACAGUGGCCGCGGGUGCAGCUUCGCUGCCCACAAUUCUCAAGCUCGCCAAUGUCAUGCCGAUGCAGCAGGGCCUCGCGGAUGACGGGAGUGGGCCGCACCUGCCAGUUGAUAUUCCACUGGGCAGGGAAUUCACCUUCAACUCUAUAUUUGCCUGCCCUGUUUCGCGGGAGCAGAGCACACCUGAGAACCCACCCGUCAUCCUGCCAUGUGGUCACUGCAUGUGCAAACAGAGCAUACUCAAGAUUGCAAAAUCCAUGACCAGAUCCUUCAAGUGCCCCUACUGCCCUGCAGAAACAACCCCUCUUCUAUGCAAGGAGAUUGUGUUUCCCCCUGUAUGUUGA